UGAGAUUUUCUGAGAUCAGUUGUUGCGCUAGUUCUCAGUCCGUUUUAGAGCUGACCGAGUGUAGUUUCCAUAUAAGGGAAUAGUGAAGGGUUGAACAUUAGGUUGAGGACAUUAUUGAAAGUUGUAUUUAUGUUGUUGUAUUUUCGUCGCUUAAAGUGACCAUCCAGUAUGGAAGCUCUCACAAAAUUUGCAUUUCGUGCUACUGCAGAUGACGAACUUUCCUUUGAUAAAGGUUCUAUUGUCAAGGUAAGACGAUACAAAGUUUUUAAACGAAAAAAAUAGAGAGGUUUCUAAUAUCGUGUUGUGUUUGUUGACAUUGUUUCACCCUAAUAUACAGGUUCUAAAUAUGGACAACGAUCAAAAUUGGUUUAAAGCCGAACAGAAUGGAAAAGUCGGUUAUAUUCCUGCUAACUAUAUUCAAAUGAAACCUCACGAGUAAGUAAAAAAAUUAAUAUUCUUAUAGAAAAUUUCUGGGAUACGUGACGAUAAAAUAUCAAAUAUACAAUUUUAAUAAUGUCAUGUCAAUUAUUGUCCAACUGUCUGUAAACAUAAUGAUGGUAAUAUUCUGGUAAUUUACCUGUCAAUAUUAACAUAGCACACAGAAAUUGAAGUGAAUCAUGAAAUGUAAUUUGAAAUGAACAAUAACCAGGAAAUGAAAUAAAAUUUUCACAGAAAGAUCAAAGAUAGAGAGAUAAUGCCAGAUAUAGGAAGUAAAUAGUUUGCUGCCAACAUUGCCAUUUUAUUAACCCCCUAAAUAUCUUAUGGUAAGAUUUUUAAAAAUAUUUAUUUUGCCAUGUUGAAAUUUUUGAAAACAUUAAUGAAAACCAACAACAGACACAUUUGUUCUACAGACAUUUUCAUCUGACAAAAUUCUCAUAUUUUCUUGGGCUUUUCACUACCAUUCCAACCAGUUAUUUUGGCAGCAAAAUAUAUAAUGUAUGAACAGUACAGUAAUUGAUUGCUAAUUAACAUUAAUUGCUACAAUUUGGCAGCUGGUUUCAUGGUAAGAUAACGAGAACGAAGAGUGAAGAGCUGUUACGACAGCAACAACACGAUGGCGCAUUCUUAAUUAGAGAAUCAGAAAGUUCACAAGCACAAGGUAGAGGAAACAAGCUUGAUCAACUAAUUGUCAAAUACUGGGCUUAUUAAAAAAAACUUGUAUGUUGGAAUGAAUUUCAAGAAUUACUGUACAUGCUUUAUGUUAUGUUAUUAAUUAAUUAAUGUAAUUAAGAAUUAAUUAAUGCCAUUGAUUCAUAAUCAAUGUAAAUUAUUAAUUAAAUUAAACAAAUAUUUUGAUUUAUUUGUUUUUAGGUGAUUUCUCUUUAUCUGUAAGGUAAGUUUAAAUAAAGAGCAUGGUUGAUUCAUCAUCACAAUGAUAUCUUGAAUUUGUGGCUAUAUAGAUAAACACUAUAUAGAUAAUGAAUUUUUAUUUCUUGAGGUUUAACGGCGCAGUACAACACUUCAAAGUUCUCCGUGAUGGCGAAGGGAAGUACUUUCUUUGGGUUGUUAAAUUUAACUCUCUCAAUGAAUUAAUUGAGUAUCACCGGUCAUCAUCUGUUAGCAGAACACAGCAAAUAUUUUUACACGAUAUGCAGCAAACCAUUGGUGUUCAGGUAAUGUAUUUGUUUUAUGUUUGGGGUAUUCAGGAUAAGAAUUGAUCUUUCUCUAAACCAAUAUAGGAGGAAAAAAUGUUUGGUCAGUAUGACAUUUUCAAAAUUUGGUUGAAGUCAAAUUGUAGUCUGUAGAAAUUAUUCUAGAAAUUAGUAAAUAUUCUGAACCAGUUUAUAUGAGUUUCCUAAUGAUCCAUUUGAAAUAACAUUUUAGUUGAAUCAUAACCUGUAGUGGAGUCUGGAAGAAUUAACUACAAAUAUAACAUUCCACUUCACUAUAUAUAUUUAUAUAUAAAUAAAACAUUCCACUUCACUAUUUCUUGUGAAAGACAGAAAAAAGUAAUGAGCUUUGCAAUCCCAAAUCAAAUUUCAAAGUUGUGUUACAUUCUUGUGAAUUGAGCAAUAGCCUGUUGGGAAAUCCACUCAAGUGUGAAAUCAAGCAUGUUCUAUUGUUCUAUCUGAAUUAGCCUGCGAACAGGCAUUUCUAGUAGGCCCACCUGAAUUAACAGCUGUUCGCAUGCUCCAUCUGAAUAUUAAGUUGUUGUGUUUCAGGCUGUGUUCACAGUGAAAGCAUUGUUUGACUUUAAGCCUCAGGAGGAGAAUGAACUUGAAUUUAAGAAAGGAGAAAUAAUUGAAGUUGUUGAGAAGGACGAUGCAAACUGGUGGAGAGGGAGACUGGGUAACAGGGAAGGACUAUUUCCAGCAAACUACGUUGCAGUGCAAUAAUGUCAUGAUAAUAUAUUCACUGUAAAUGAUCUAAUAAAUGCCCUCACUCUAAUAUAAAACACUCUCUAUCUAAUAGACAUCCAAGUCAAAUCACCAUUGUACUGGAAUAAAUGCUCCUUAUUUAAUUUGAUCUAAUAAAUGACCUCUCCAUACAUGGGUGUUUAUUGGAUUGAAUUGAACAUUAGUCUAAAUGCUUGUUAAUUUGCAAUGCAAAUUGAUUAUGCUUUCUCUAAUAAACAAACUGAAAAUGUAAUGAACUUCGUCCAAAAACCAAGGUCAGCUGACAAUUUAAGAAAAUAAGGUCAUCUUGGAAUUGAAGAUAUGAAUUAAAUUCAAGAUAUGAAUUUUAAGAUGACCUUAUUUUUUGAAAUUUGUUUCUUUCUGUAUGUAAUGAACUACCUGGGCACUUAUUAGAUCAUUUACUGUAGUCAACAUAAAAUAGAAAGUAAUGCUUAAUAGUUAAAACUGGAUAGAAUUCAAAACAUAGAUACUGUAGUCAACAUAAAAUAGAAAGUAAUGCUUAAUAGUUAAAACUGGAUAGAAUUCAAAACACAGUGGACAAGAUUUCUCGUGCAGGGAUAACAACAUGUUAAAGCAACCUCCAUAUAAGGUGAUGUUAAUUCCUGUGUGGCAGUGAAUGUCCUGGCAUGCCAAAGGCAUUGCGAGUAUAUGUGAAAGUGUAUAUUGUGAAUAUAUGUGGUUGACACCAAUUCCUGUAGCAUUCUUCUAGUUUCUAGUACAACAUUGGUAUGACUGGAGAGAGGAACAGGACUUGUGUCAGUAUGGUGUAAUGUUGUAAAUGUUAAUAUGAUGUACUAUUUUAGAAAAAUACUCAUUCAAAAAUUUCUCUAACAAUUUUUGCCUCCAUUUCAAUCAUGGACUACAGUAGAAAAUAUAUUCGUG